AUGCAGCUCCUGACUGUGACAUGCAUGCUCGCCACCACGGUCGCAUUGCUGCCACCAGCACGCUUUGUCCAGCCUCGAAGGCAUACGCUGCUGCGAGGCGCCGAUGACGAUGCCGCCGCAUUGCUGGAAGCCGCGAAUAAGCUUCGCGCCGAGGCCGCGGCGCUCGAAACCGAAGCCCAAGCCGAGGCUGUAGCCCUCGAAUCAGCACGCGUGGAACAACAGAAAGCUGCUGCGGUGGCGGCGGCGGCGGAACAGAAGGCAGCGGCGGCGACCGCGGCGCUCACACCGGCCGCGACCGUCGCCGUCGCGACGCCGGGCCUCGCGCCGUCGGCGUUCGCCGGCAUCGACAAGUCGCGGGAGGCUUUCGUGUCCACCCUUAGUUCGUUGAAGGAGGCGGGCCAAGCGACGAAGUGGAACAGCGCCGCUCUCGUCGCUGACGGCGCGGAGAAUCCCACGGAGGCGAGGGUUCGAGCCGCCACGGGCAUCAACGGCGCAAAAGAUCUUCUCAGCCAGGAGGAGGUCUCGAACGACCAGCUCGGGGCGUUGACGGCGGGUGUGUUCGUCGUCUCCGCAAUUCUGGCGAUUGCGUCAGGCGCUCUGAUAGGAGGGAAUGUUGGUGCCUCGUUCACGUACAUAUUUGCUGUGCUACCCAUUGUGUUUCUUGGUGUCGGCAGCAGUUCACCUGGAGUAAUAGUCGCGCUGUACGGUAUCGUCCGCGGUGCCGCUGAAGACCUCGCCGCCUCGGAGCGCCGCCGCCGGCACGAGUCGGCGCAUCUGGUGGCGGGCUACCGGCUCGGCCUGCCCGUCGCCGAGUACUCAGCGGGUGACCGGCCAAGGGUUGAAUUCUACUACAAGACCGGUACAUACACGCGCGACGAUGCCGAAGCUUUGGCCUGCGUGGCGCUCUCGGGCGCCGUCGGCGAAUGCGAGGCCUUCGGCCAAGCCAAAGGAGCGCAACAAGACUUCGCGGACCUCCAGGACAUCUUCGACCGCGUCCAGCCGCCCCUGACGCCGGCCGAGCAGCAGUCGGCGACGCGGCGCGCGUGCCUCAACGCCUACGGCGUGCUCUACGGAAAACGAUCAAGAAAGGACGACGCGGCCGUCGCGGCCGUCGACGCCGCGAUGGCGCGCGGCGCGACGCUCGGCGAGGUCGUCUGCGCGCUCGAGAACGCCUAG